CCCUGUAGAAGAGAGGUGACUCCUGUUGAUCCUACUAAGAUGGAGGUAAAGUAUGCUUUUAAUAACAAGAGUGCUUAUAAGAAACAUCUUAGGGGUUACUGUGUAAAACAUAAUUAUCAGUAUACGGUCUAUAAGAGUGACAAAACAAGAUUAAGAGUGAGAUGUAGGUUUAGGGAAGAGUAUGGCUGUAACUGGUUUGUAAAUGCUAGCAUAAAAAGGCAUGAGCCUACUUUUAUUGUUAGGAAGGUUAAUCUAGAACACACUUGUGUUGCGGAUCCAAAGAGUUUUAACAGAUCCGCGGAUCCUGAGUUCGUAAAAGAUGUGGUACAUGAGAAGUUAAAGCAGACAGCUGGGGCCUUAAUUCCAAAGCCUAAACACAUUGCAAGAGACUUUUUUGUAACUCAUAACAUCAAUAUACCUUAUAUUUGUGCAUGGAAGGCUAGAAAUCUUCUUUUAGAAGAUCUGUUUGGUAAUUAUGAAGACAGCUACAAGGAUGUACCCAUCUUUUGUGCAAUGGUGGCUCAUACUAAUCCAGGGUCUGUUGCUAAAUACACUUAUGGGAAAAGAGAUAAGACAUUCAUGAGCAUGACUAUUUCAUUUGCUGCACCAAUGAGAGGAUUUCAGAAAGCUUGCAGGGGAGUCAUAGGUUUAGAUGCAUGCCAUCUAACUGGAAAGCGUGGUGGUGUUCUAAUGGCUGCAACAGCAAUUGAUGGUCAGAAUUCUCUGGUGCCUUUAGGCAUUAAGGUGGCUAAGAGUGAAACCAAGGAGAGCUGGACUGGGUUCCUCAAGGAUUUGGCUCCAGCAAUCAAUGCACAUCAUGCUGGCAGAAUUACCUUUAUUUCUGAUAGGCAAAAAGGGUUGUUGGAAUCUGUUCCAAAGGUUUUCCCUGGUGCAAGAGUUAGAUAUUGCUUCAGGCACUUGUACAAGAACUUCAAGAAGUACCACAAGGCACCAACCUUGCACAACUUAUUGUGGAAUGCAUGCAAAGCUUACAAAGUGAGGCAUUUUCAGGAGCACUUUGACAACAUAUGCAAAGAAAGUCCGGCUGCUGGUGAAUAUCUUAGGAAAGAAGAUCCAAGUACUUGGUCUAGGGCUUAUUUUGAUCCCAUUAGCUGUUGUGAGCAUAUGAAUAACAAUUUCUCAGAAUCAUUUAAUUCUAUGAGUUCUAAUAUGAGAGAUAAACCAAUAAUCCAACUAGGCAUGAUGUAUGGUCAGUUAGUAAUGGGUUUGUUAUUUAAGAGAAGGGAAGAAUCUGCUAAGUGGAAUCAAAAUGAUUUGGUCCCUGCUGCUGUUAAGUUGAUAAAUAAGAUGCUUGACUUGGUUGGGAAGUUUGAUACAGAAGGAAGUGUGGUUGGACAGGUUUAUUUGGUAACUAAUGUGUCUACCAAGAAAAUUUUCACAGUGAACAUUGUAGACAAACAAUGCACUUGUUUGCAAUGGCAGCUAAGGGGAUUCCCUUGUCAACAUGCUGUAUGUGCAUUGAAACUGCUCAGGCCAAACUGGAAAGAUUAUUGUGCUCCUUACUACUCUGUGGAAUAUUAUAGGACCAUAUAUGCAGAUGCUGUAAAUCCACUAGAAGACAUAAGUGAAUGGAACUGGGAAGAUAAGGCAUCCAUGGACAUCAACUUAAAGCCUCCUCCUUAUCAAAGAAAAACUGGAAGACCAGCAAAGAAGAGGAAGAGGAGCUAUGAUGAACCUGAAACUGUGGUGAAGAAAAGGAAAUGUGGAAAGUGUGGAUCUACUGCUGGUCAUAAUAAGAGAACCUGUGCUGGUGGUGAUGUUGGUAAAAACCCAACUGGAUUCAUGCCAAGCACCGAGUAUGAUGCUGCAAACUGCACCUUCACUAGUAGAGAUCAUCCUGAAAGUAGCAGUGCAAGGGGUAAAGCAAAGGUGAACAAAUCCAGAGGUACAUCUUCAUUUGUUGGUGAGUCAACAGGACCUAAAAACUUUGGAAGAGCACCAACAGAACCUAGCACCCAUGGAUCUACACAAGAUGUUCUGAAUUUCAGUCAGAACUUUACUGGUAUUGGAUCUGUUAGUCAACAUAUUCCUGUCACAAAGGGAAAGCAAAGCAAGGCUAAGAAGAAGUAGAAGUGUGUGUGUGCUUCUUGUUGUGUUAGAUCUUUUUUUUUUGCUUUAGACACUGAUAUCAUAGUGUUAGAUCUGUUUUUUUUUAUGUACCU